AUGCCAGAUCCUCCGGCAUACCCUCCAGCCCGUGCGCUGUUCAACUUCUCCCCACAAUGGUUCCUCAUGCCCCAAGGGACCGGCAUCAUCUCGGUCAUCCUGCACCAACUGCACUACCAGUUCGGCGCAUUGCGUAUACUAGCCAAGAUCGUCUGGAUUUAUACCAUCGUGCUUCUCGCCAUCACGCUCUUCCUGUACCUUCUGCGCCUCGUUCGCUACCCCAGAGAAGUCGGCUACGAACUCCGCCAUAACCUCAUCGAGACCUCCUGCCUCGCCAGCAUCGUCAUCACCUACACAACCAUCAUCCAGAUGGUCGCCCUGCAGUACGGCAGCACCCACGGCGUUGCAGUAGGCGUCUACGUCCUCUGGUGGAUCGCCGCCUUCUUCUCCACCCUCGCCAUCAUCGCCAUCCCCUACGUCCAACUCAAACUCCAACCCAGCGGCUUCGAGCGCGUCCCCCCCGCCAUCUUACUCCCGGUCAUUGCUGCCCUCACCUGCGCCGCAGGCGGCGGCGCAAUCUGCACCUCCGCCGCGCUCAGCCCCCGCCUCCAAGUCCCCCUCAUCAUCGUCGCAUACCUCCUCGUCGGCGCAGGGAUAUCCCUCGCCCUCGGCUUCGACGCUGUCAUCCUCUUCCAGCACUUCUCCGAUCAGCAGCCCCCUCCGCAAAAGGUAUGGCAGGAUAUGAUCCUCUGCGGACCAUUCGGGCAGGGCGGCUUCGCGCUGCAGAUUUUGGGAGGUGCAGUGCAGAAGAGCUUCCCUGCGUAUGCGCGGGGGACGCUGCUGAGCGCGCAGGCGGCGGGCCCGAUUGCCGCUGUGAGUCAGUUUGCAGGUGUUCUGUCCUGGGGAUUUGCGACGUUUUGGUGGUGUUUUGCGAUUAUUAGUAUUUUGCAUACGUUGGCGGCGCAGCCGGGGGGUUUCAAGAGUACGACGUUUAGUCUGGGGGCUUGGUCGUUGGUGUUUCCUUGGGGCGUAUAUACGAAUUGUGCGGUGCAGCUGGGGAAGAUUAUGGAUUCGCCUGCGUUUUAUGUAUGGUCGACGGCGCUGCUGUUGAUGCUGGUGAUCAUCGCGAUUGUCAAUACGCUUUUUACCAUCAAGGGGAUUAUUACGGGGAAGGUGUUCGGAUUGGAGCAUGGGUGGAGGAAGGAAGCAUAUGAAGAUGACAAGGAGGCUUGA